AUGUCUUCCGAUUAUGAUGAUGAUUCAGACAAUGUCUAUAAUAACAAUGAUGAACAUUUUCAAACUGUAUAUCAAAGUUAUUCAUCUGCAUUUUUAAUUGAACGUAAUCAAAAGAAUGUUGAAAAUGGUGGUAAAAUUAUACUUCCAGAAGCUGCACUUGCACAAUUAGUCGAACAAACUAAUGUUAUGUUAUUUAAAUUAACAAAUCCUAAAUGUAAUCGUUCAACUCAUUGUGGUGUUUUAGAAUUUAUACCAAAUGAAGAUUCACAUUGUUUUUUACCAUAUUGGAUGAUGAAUUAUUUACUAUUAAAUGAUGGUGAUGAUAUACAUAUUGAAUCAGUUCAUUCAUUACCUGUAGGAACAUUUGUAUGUUUUCAACCACAAUCAAAAGAUUUUCUUGAUAUAAGUAAUCCACGAGCUGUUUUAGAACAUGUUUUAAGAAAUUUUAGUUGUUUAACAAAAGGUGAUCUUAUAACAAUAAAUUAUCUUAAUCGUAAUUAUGAAUUAUCAGUUUUGGAAUUAAAACCAUCAAAUGCUGUAUCAAUAAUUGAAUGUGAUAUUGAAGUUGAUUUUGCACCAUCAAUUGAUACUAUUAAUGAUAAAAAAAUUUCAACAAUUAAUAAUGAUGAACAAUAUUAUAAAAAUUCAUCUAUAUUUAUGCCAUUUUCUGGACAAGGAAAUAGUUUAAAUGGUAAAGUAAAAUCAAAUGAUAAAGAACAACAAAAUAAUAUAGAUAAUAUUUUACAAAAACGUGGAAUACCAAAUUAUGAUUAUAAAUAUGGUUUAUUACAAUUUCCACGUAUAUCAUUACGUUCUAUAAAUAAUGUAUUAGAUAAAAAUUCUUCUAAUAUAUUUCAACCAUUUAAAGGUGAAGGAAAAACUCUUAGACAACCUCGAAAUCAAAAACCCAAUUGA